AUGAACCCGUUGAAGCUCAACACCACUUCCGUGUCAUUGGCGGUCACGCCCACCGUCGUAUCCACUCUCUUCUCACAUUACCUUAAACGCAAAACCUCAAAGCAAGGACCCAACUCGCACUUGUCCUACGACGAGGGCCUGCACCUCGUCCGAUCUUUCCUCGAGUUCGCUUCCCAACACACGGUCGAGGAGCUACAGGCCUUCACAGCCCAAUGGGUCCCGCACCCGCAAUGGGUCAAGGUAGAAGACCUCGAGAUCCCCGAGGCGGAGCUCGACAAGUCGGCCGGGUUGAUUGAGGCACAACUUGGGCCCGCCGGCGUGCGGGCCGUCGGCGGGCGCAAGUGGUGGAAGUGGCGGAAGCCGCAGAGCGUGCUGAAAGCCGAAUGGAUCGAGAUGCGCACCGACUACCAUGAGAGGAAAAAGAACGGCGGCGCGACCAAGAGGGUGAUGCUCUACGUCCACGGCGGCGCCUACUUCUUUGGCAGCGUCGACGAGCACCGGUACCAGAUGCAGCGUCACGCCCGCAAGCUCAAGGCGAGGGUCCUCGCGCCCCGGUACCGGCUCGCGCCGCAGUUCCCCUUCCCCUGCGGUCUCCAGGACUGCCUGGCCGCCUACCUCUACCUCCUCACAGUCCAGGAUCCGACCACCAUCGUGCUGGCGGGCGACUCGGCCGGCGGCGGGAUGGUGCUGUCGAUGCUGUGUAUCCUGCGAGACCGCGGAAUUCCCCUCCCCGCCGGCGCCAUCCUCAUCAGUCCCUGGGUCGACCUUACACACUCGUUCCCUAGCGUGUCGGGGGACAACCAGAUGGACUACAUCCCGUCGUCCGGCUUUCAUCACAAGCCGUCCAGGUCCUGGCCACCGCCCAACGAGGACGACAUGGAAAUGAUGCGGGAACAGGCCAUCAAGGCGCGCGCGGGCAAGGAAAAGAGUGCCACGAAGCUUAACACGCUCGAGAAGAAGCAGGCUGCGCCGAUCGCGCUGGGCGAUGGCAACGGGACCUUGGGGGGCACCACUGCCUCCUCUGGCAACGCCGAUCCUACCAAGACGGCCUUGCAGCUUUCCGUCACUAUCGACGGCAAGCUCACAACAGUCAAGGAUCAGAUUCAGAUGUACACGACCAACGCCUUGCUCUCGCACCCGAUGGUCAGCCCUGUCAUGCAGCCAACAUUGGGCGGACUCCCGCCGUUACUCAUCAUGGUCGGCGGCGGCGAGGUCCUGCGCGACGAGCAGAUCUACGUGGCUCACAAGUGUGCGAAUCCCACCAAGUACACACCGCCGGGUCUCGACGACGCGGGCCUAGCACAGCUGAAGCAGUACAAGCCGACAGACGUGCAGCUCCAGGUCUGGGACGACCUCUGCCACGUAGCGCCGACACUCAGCUUCACUCGGCCCGCCAAGCACAUGUACCGGGCGGUCGCGCAGUUUGGGGCCUGGGCCCUGGCGAGGGCGCAGCAGACAGAGUUUGAGAUUCUGGAUGACGACGACAUUUCCAUGAUCUCCAGUUCCGCGUCGGACUCUGAUGAACCGGACGACCAGACCGAGAACGCAGGUCCUCCGGAACUGGUCGGAAAGGCCGGUAUGCCGUUACCCCCGUUCAAGAAACACAUGAUCCGACAAAAGAUAUCCACGCGCGGCGUCGUCUCCGAUCUACCCCCCGAAUCUGAGCUGGCUGGCUGCAUCAUGAAGUCGGAGGAAGUCGGCGUCGUCAGACCCAUACCGGUCAGGAGAUGGCUCGACACCAAAGCCACCUUCGACAAGAAGUUUUCGAGCACAAAAGCAAAAGUACAUAAGAGCAUCAUCAAAGACCUGGCCGACGGAUACAUGGACUUUGGCGACGGCGAACAGCCGCCGCCCACCGCGCUGGCGGGUAGGCGAAAGGCGUCGGACGAGCUGGUCGACAGGAAGAAGACCAAGAGCAUCGGGCUGGCGCUGUGGUCGCUCUGGGGCUCGAAGCACGACGAGACGACGACGAAGAGGGAGAAGAAGGCCGAUUCCGGCGCCGCCGCCGUCGCCGCCGCCAGGACGUCACAGUCACAGUCACAACAGCCGCAGUCGCAGACUUCGCCGAGGGGCGGCGAGGGAGCCAGGUCGUUUGAGGACAUUGAGCAUCAGGACCCGGCACCCCUCGGCUCGCCUACGGGCAGCAAGCGGCGGUUCGUCAGAGACGAACACCAGACGGAGACGCCGGACCCGGACUCCCAGAUAGUGGAAGACUCCCAGACCACGGCGGUGGAAGAGAAGACGCCAGUGGCGGCUCUCAUCGAGAAGAGGAAGGGGCAGGAGAAGCACAAUGAGGAGGCCGCCGCCGCCGACGCCGCUGCCGGGCACGACGGGCACCUGAGCCCAGACUUCGUCCCCGGCGGCACCGGCGUCGCGGGCAAGCGGCCGUUCCUCGACGGCAUCGCGCUGCCUUUCAGCCUCGGCAAGAAGGACGCCGAGACGGCAAGCAUGGUGACGCUGAUGUCUGGCGCCGACAGCCGGCCGAUCAGCCCCAUGCCCCAGCUGAGCCGAUCGGACACGCCUGAUGUCGUCAACGGCAACGGGGUUAUUGCUUCCGAGGCGAGUACCCAGGUCCCAGAAACUGAGAGCAAGCGGCCCCCACUGGACAACUUUGUCACGGCGGCGGAGAAUCUCCCUCUUGCAAACGGCAAGGGGAAGGAGAUUGCUAAUGGAGGUUUGGAGCAGACCGCAUGA